AUGGCGGAGGAUCAGAGGUGCGACAGCGUGGGGUCCGAGCCUUGCUCUGAGGCAGCGGCGACUGCGGAACCUAAGGUGUCUUCAUCGAAGACCGCCGAAGUUGUCUCAAGACCGUCGAAGCCCGAGGACUACAGUAGCAAGUGCGUGUUCUGCCGGAUCGCGGGGCGGCAGGAACCGGGCACCGAGCUCCUGGACUGUGAGAAUGAAGACCUAGUUUGCUUCAAAGAUAUCAAACCAGCAGCACCUCAUCAUUAUCUUGUGGUGCCAAAGAAGCAUAUUGGAAACUGCAGAGAGCUAAAGAAAGAUCACAUAGAACUGGUUGAGAACAUGGUAACUGUUGGAAAAAGCAUUCUUGAAAGGAAUAAUUUCACUGACUUCAAAAAUGCGAGAAUGGGUUUCCAUAUGCCGCCUUUUUGUUCCAUUUCCCACUUGCACCUUCAUGUUCUGGCACCUGUCGAUCAACUUGGCUUCUUAUCAAAAUUGGUUUAUAAAAUGAAUUCCUAUUGGUUUAUCACAGCUGAUUGUUUGAUUGAAAAACUAAGAACAUGAAAAUGUCAACAG